UCGGCGGGCGCCGCGUCCAGCCGCGCGGGGUGACACAGCGAGGGGCCGGGCCGGGCCGGGCCGGGCCGCCCGCACCUGACGGGACCCGCCGGGACCCGCCCGCAGCCGCCUCCGGGAUCGGGCCCCGGCUCCGGGCGGAGCCGGCCGCGGCGGGAGGAUGUCGGUGGCAGGGCUGAAGAAGCAGUUUCACAAAGCCAGCCAGUUAUUCAGUGAAAAAAUAAGUGGAGCUGAAGGAACAAAAUUAGAUGAAGAAUUUCAAGAGAUGGAAAGGAAAAUUGAUGUUACUAAUAAAGCUGUAGCAGAGCUGCUGUCAAAAUCCACAGAGUAUCUUCAGCCAAAUCCAGCAUACAGGGCCAAGCUGGGAAUGCUGAACACUAUGUCAAAGAUCAGGGGACAAGUUAAAACCACAGGCUACCCUCAGACAGAAGGACUCCUAGGAGACUGCAUGAUACGGUAUGGCAGAGAGCUUGGCGAUGAUUCUAUGUUUGGCCUUGCACUAUUGGAUGCUGGUGAAAGCAUGAAGCAAAUGGCAGAAGUGAAGGACUCACUUGAUAUUAAUGUCAAACAAAAUUUCAUUGAUCCUCUACAGUUAUUGCAGGACAAAGAUUUAAAAGAGAUCGGGCAUCAUUUGAAGAAACUAGAAGGUCGUCGUUUGGAUUAUGAUUAUAAAAAGAAACGUCUUGGAAAGAUACCAGAUGAAGAAGUUAAACAAGCAGUAGAAAAAUUUGAAGAGUCAAAGGAACUAGCUGAAAGAAGCAUGUUCAAUUUUUUAGAAAAUGAUGUAGAACAAGUUAGCCAGUUGGCUGUGUUUGUAGAAGCAGCGCUAGAUUACCAUAAACAAUCCACAGAAAUUUUGGAGGAUCUGCAGAGCAAGCUGCAAAACCGAAUAAAUGUAGCAUCUAGUCGGCCUAAACGUGAAUUUAAGCCAAAGCCUGUAAUAACUGCAACCCUGGAAAUUGGUGAUAAUCAGCAGCACAAUGGGAUUGCAUAUAGCUCUUCCAUAAAAUCAUCAGGUUCUUCAGUGCACAUGGAUCAGCCUUGCUGCCAAGCUCUCUAUGACUUUGAACCAGAAAAUGAAGGCGAGCUUGGGUUUAAGGAAGGGGACAUCAUAACUCUGACCAAUCAGAUCGAUGAGAAUUGGUAUGAAGGGAUGUUAAAUGGAGAGUCUGGCUUCUUCCCUAUUAAUUAUGUUGAAGUGAUGGUACCCUUGCCUCAGUGAUUGUGUCAUUCAAGCUGUGAACAUGAUUUCAUGACUGAAAUGGAUUCACAAAUGUGCUGUCAGUGUGGCAUUCUGUGAAAGCCUUGCUAUUUGACUGACUUACUGACUUUUGUAUGCGUCUUUUUAAAAUGUAUUUAUUUUAUAUUCAAAAAAAUUUUACCUUCCCUGACUCCAUCAACCUGCAAAAAAACCCAUACCCAGUUUUUUUGCUUUGUGCCUUGAAGAUCACUGUAUGAGGUGUUUACUGGUAGCUCACUCUUGCUCCAAAAACGUGUUUCUUUGCUAUUAUUGUGUUUGUUUUUUUAAAAUCUUCAGCUGCAAUGAUUUUACUAUUGAAAACCAUUUUAAAAAAUACUGUAAGUGAAGCUAACUGUAACCAAUUCCUAAGUUACUGAUGUCAUUGAGCUCUUUUCAUCAAUCACAUUGUAAUUUAUUGUGAACAACUUAAUCCACAUUUCACAUUGUAUGUUGACAAAAGGCAAAGUGAUCGUUGUCAAUAUUACGAUGUUGUUAUACUAAGUACAAGUUCUCAGAAUCAAAAAUUCCUAUACUUUGCUGACCAAACUUAAUAAAUAUUUCUGUGGGAUAAGAACA